AUGAGCACAACCACCGAGCGUCCAUCAUCAACUGAGUCAUCAUCAUCCGAUCAACAACCUGUAUCGCUCCACUAUGAUCAUACGUUGGACGAAGAGGAAGAACCAUUGAUGAAAACAGCUUCCAAACAACAAGUGGAUCAAUAUUUUCAAAAACACAAAAUUUCGCAAAUAAUCAAACAACGUUUAAACGAAGCCUUCAAUUUAAAUCAUCAAGAUCCUGUUGAAUACUUAUUUAGCGCAAAGAGAAUGCAUCAACAAGAACUUUUACUACAACAGCAGGAAAAAGAAUUAAAGGAAUUAACAAAGAAACAUGAUGAAGAGUUGACAGCUCUCCAACAAAGUAAAGAAGCGUCAAGAGAAGCAUUCAUUGAGCAAGAAAAGCAAUAUCUUGAACAAAUCGAACAAUUAAAAAAGGAACGAAAGGAGUUGGAAGAUAAAAUUCAGCAACAUGAGCAAAAAAAGAAAUUUGCGGAUGAAAAUAGGAAAUAUAAUAUUGAGCUUUUAAAAGAGAGAAAUGCCUCUUUGCGAAAGGAAAAUGCAACUUUGAAGGAAACAAAUCAACAACAUGAAAAAGAGUUAAAACAAAGAGAAAAACAAAUCAGAAAAAUCAUCAAACCAAGCCAUGUCUCAAGCGAUUCGAUAUCUUCCUUAGCCUCAGCCUCAACACCAACGCAAGAAUAA